ACGGGGACGCGGGUAAUGCAGUGAGGGUGCCCGCGGGGCAGCUGAAGCCACUUCACCCACCCACAGGGUACCAGCGGCGUUCAGCGUAAGCAGGUCUGGGCCGAUCCCAAUAAUCCUGGAGGUAAAAGUUCAAGGGAAUGUUUGAUUUUCCAGCGUGCACACCGCGGGGCUGAGCUGCCCCUUGCCCCGCUCCGGGCAGCCCCCCUCGGUGUCCCCUGCCGGGGGUCCCCAGCCAGGCGCCGGGGCGGCUCCUGGCCCAAACCUCUGCCAGAAAAGCGAAGCAGCCGGAGCGAGCCGAGCGCUGGCAGCCUGCCCCGUGACUCCCGUGGGAGGAGUGACGGCAGGGGAGGCACCCGCUCGCCGCCGCCGUGCGCCAUAAAGCCAGGCCGCAGCCAGCCCCGGCGAAGGCUCGGCGGCGCAGGGCGGCAUGGCGAGGCGGGUGGCCAUCAUCGGCGGGGGCAGCAGCGGGCUGUGCGCCAUCAAAGCCUGCCUGGACGAGGGGCUGGAGCCCGUCUGCUUCGAGAGGAGCAGGGACAUCGGCGGGCUGUGGAGGUUUGAGGAGCAGCCCGAGGAGGGCCGCGCCAGCAUCUACCGCUCCGUCAUCAUCAACACCUCCAAGGAGAUGAUGUGCUUCAGCGACUUCCCCAUCCCCGACGACUUCCCCAACUACAUGCACCACUCCAAGAUCAUGGAGUACUUCCGCAUGUACGCCCGGCGCUUCGACCUGCUGCGGCACAUCCGCUUCAGGACCAGCGUGUGCCGCGUGUCCAAGCGCCCCGACUUCGCCACCACGGGCCGCUGGGAGGUGGUGACCGAGAGCGAGGGCAAGCAGGAGUCGGCCGUCUUCGACGCCGUGCUGGUGUGCACCGGGCACCACACCGACGCGCACCUCCCGCUGCACACCUUCCCCGGCAUCGAGAAGUUCAAGGGCCGCUACCUCCACAGCCGUGACUACAAGGACCCCCAGGACUUCAAGGACAAGGGGGUCGUUGUCAUCGGGAUCGGGAACUCGGGCUCGGACCUGGCUGUGGAGAUCAGCCAGACGGCCAAGCAGGUCUUCCUCAGCACCCGCCGCGGUGCGUGGAUCCUCAACCGCGUUGGACAACAGGGGUACCCCAUCGACAUCGUCUUCACCACCCGCCUGAAGGCACUCAUGAAGCAGCUGCUGACCUCCUCCAUGGCAAGCGACUUCACAGAGAGGCAGCUCAACAUGAGAUUCGACCACGCGCACUACGGCCUGAAGCCAAAGCACAGGGUCCUCGACCAGCACCCGACCGUCAAUGACGACCUGCCCAACCGCAUCAUUUCGGGCAGGGUGCAGGUGAAGCCGAACGUCCAGGAGUUCACGGAGACAUCUGCCAUCUUCGAGGACGGCACCAGGGAAGACAUCGACGCUGUGAUCUUUGCCACGGGGUACAGCUUCUCCUUCCCCUUCCUCAAGGAUUAUGUGAAGGUGGUGGAGAACCAGGUCUCCCUCUACAAAUACGUGUUCCCCAUCGACCUGGAGAAGCCGACGCUGGCUUUCAUCGGCUUCAUCCAGCCCCUGGGAGCCAUCAUGCCCAUCUCGGAGCUCCAGUGUCGCUGGGCCACCCGUGUCUUCAAGGGGCUGAGCACGCUGCCCCCGAGGCACGACAUGGAGGCUGACAUCAAGCACAAGAAAGAAGAGAUGGCCAAGCGGUACGUGGCGAGCCGGCGGCACACCAUCCAGGUGGAUUACAUCCCCUACAUGGACGAGCUCGCCUGCCAGCUGGGCGUCAAGCCCAACCUGCCCCUGCUCUUCCUCACCGACCCCCCGCUGGCGCUGGAGGUGCUGCUGGGGCCCUGCACGCCCUACCAGUACCGCCUGCGGGGCCCGGGAGCGUGGCAGGGCGCCCGCACGGCCAUCCUGACCCAGCGGCAGCGCGUCGUCCAGCCCCUGCAGACGCGGCACGUGGAGGAGAACACCUCUGUCUCCGUCCUGCCGCUCCUCCGCAAGCUGGCCGUGGCCAUGGCCAUCUUUGCCAUCAUCUUCGUCCUCCUGUAGGCUCCUGCUCUCUGCCUGGUGGGGUUGGCAAUGCCAGGACGGGCCGUGCAUCCCCAUGGCAGCCGUGCCCCCCGUGCCAAGAGAGCAAUCCGCUUGCUGGCACGGCCCUGCACAGCAAACCUGAGGCACCAGAGCCUCCCAGAUGUGGCAGCCCCAAAUAAUGCCCCACGGCUGCACCGGGAUGGAGGAAAAACCCUGCCCUUGUGUGGGGAAAACCCCAUCCUGCUCAGGCACCGCUGUCACCGAGCGGGGACUGGCCGGGCUGUUCUGUCACCUACAAUCCCAACGGGCCUCCACUGAUGAUGAUACCUUCAUGGCAAAGGCACAGCAAAUUUUCUGACUGGAUUAAAGUGUCUUAAACAGA